UGUCUUUUCUGACAAGGACGUUGAGAAGGCAGAAGCUGGACAUGUCCUAUAAGCCAAGAGUGAUCGUCCUCACCAAGAGGCCAGGCCAGGCAUUUGGAUUCUACUUGCGCGUGGAGAAUGGAGAAGAAGGUCACUUGGUUCGCUGCCUAGAAAUGGGAGGUCCAGCUGAACUGGCUGGCAUGAAAGAUGGAGACCGCUUGAUCCGGGUCAAUGGAAAAUUUGUAGAUGGAUUGCCCCAUUCGCAGGUGGUGGACCAAAUAAGAGAGAGUGGAACAACAGUUAGUUUCCACAUUUUGGACAAAGCAUCCUACGAGAAAGCUAAAGCACAGGGAGUGGAUCUAUCUGACGGUCACGCCACAUCUGUCAACAACGGUUUGGUCAAACAGCCACCAAAACCGAAGCUAUGCUACCUAGUCAAGUCCAGCUCGGGUUUUGGAUUUUCUCUACGUUCGGCUAGAGGUGAGGAUGGUUUGUUCAUAACAGAGUUGAUCCCUGGAUGUGUGGCGGAGAGGGCAGGGGUCAAAGCUGACGACCGUUUGCUGGAAAUCAACGGGGAGAGUUUGGAAGGCGCCAGUCAUGAACAAGCUGUGGAUAAAAUCAAGGCAGCAGGAAAAAAGAUCAUGUUCCUGUUAGCAGAUGAGGAAACAAGCAGGUACUACCAGAACAACUACGCCAAGAUAGGAGCCUGGUUAGCCACAACCAAGUACCUCCCAUACCAACCGCGCAUCGCUGCCAUGACCAAAGGAUCUGAUGGCUAUGGCUUCUACCUCAUAGAGAGGACAAAACAAACAGGCCAUUUCAUCAGCACCAUCGACAGAGGCAGCCCGGCAGAGAUAGCUGGUCUACACGAAAUGGACCGGCUGGUGGCUGUGGACGGUAAAGAGGUGGACAGUUACAGCCAUGAAAAAGUGGUGGACAUGAUCAGACAGAGUGGGACUAAAUGCUGCCUCCUAGUUGUGGACAAAGACACCGACCAAAUGUAUAAGCUGGGCAACGUGUCGCCUGUUAUCUUCUGGGAAGAGAUGCAGAGUUCACUCUCACCACCCAGUUACACGGAGGCCAUCAAUCUGCCCGCUCCUGUGCAACUGUCCACAACUAUUGACGAGAGGGAGGAGGAGCUCAAGCCCAAACUGUGCAGGCUGGAAAAGACGGCAGCUGGUUUUGGCUUUCACCUGCACGGUAUCCAAGGAAUCCCCAAUCAGUGCAUCAAAGAGAUAGUGAAGGGCGGCGCUGCAGACAGGGCGGGUCUGGUGGACGACGAUGUGGUGGUGGAAGUGAACGGAGUGAACGUGGAGACGAGCACCCACGAGGAGGUGGUGGAGCUGAUCCGCAGCAGCGGAGCCACUCUGGAGCUGCUGGUGGCCAAAAAGAGCGUCUACAAUCAGCUCAGCGCUAAAGGAGUGGGCAUCACCCGCCAGCUGCUCGGACACAUGUCUUCUGUUCAAGUCCACAAGGUGCACACUCCAGAGGAGAUGAGACAGGAGGAGAACAGAGCAGACACUCCCAGUGCACCAGCCAGGGAAAGGGCCCCAUCUGUGUCAUCAUCUUCAUCUCAGGAAAGCAAUGAUGAGAGACUCUGAGAAGCCACAUGAGGAACACACAGUUCUUUUGUCAAAUCGACCUUCUAAUUGAAUCAGAUCGAGGCCUCGCGCUUUAAGAUCAAGAGAUGACGACGAAUACGAGAACAGUAAAGACUCGACAAAUUUGCUGUUGAACACCUACAUUUGAUCACAGCAGAAGAGUAGGAAUGUGCUAAGAACAAAAAAAAAAAUCUACUUGACACACUUUUUGAAUUAAGCGACUCACACUUUGCUCAGUCUGUGCAAUAAUUCGAUCACCGUCGUUCACAAUGCAACUAAGAUGAAACAGUGCAAAACUUCAAAUACAGUUUUUAAGAUAUUGAAGCAAUAAAUACUGUGCCUUUUUUUCUAAGCAGGCACAUUAUUUAAUGGUGGACGAUAAUGAAUUUUUUUGUACCUCCUUUGUACUUCCACUCCCCUUUAUGUGGUCG